AAGGAUCAGCUGUUCACACACAAUGGCUUUUGAGGAACUCCUAAAUCAAGUUGGCAACUUCGGUAAAUUUUAUAUCUGUCAGACAGCUGUAGCUGUUUUAAUAUUUAUGACAAUUUCCCCUCAGUUCGUGUUAGAGAACUUCACUGCAGCCACCCCGGAGCACCGCUGUUGGGUCCACAUCAUCGACAAUGACACUCUCUCUAUUAACAACACCGCGGUCCUCAAUCAAGAUGCCCUCCUAAGAAUCUCCAUUCCACUGGACUCCAACCUGAAACCAGAGAAGUGUCGUCGUUUUGUCCACCCCCAGUGGCAUCUCCUUCAUUUCAAUGAGACCUUUCUCAACAUGAGUGAGCCAGACACAGAGCCUUGUUUGGACGGCUGGGUGUAUGACCGAAACAGCUUCCCCUCAACCAUUGUGACUGAGUGGAACCUAAUAUGUGGUAAUAAAGCAAAGAAACAAAUGGCUCAAUUCUUAUAUUUGAUGGGAAUGCUCAUUGGAAGCGUCAUCAUUUGUCCUCUUUCAGAUAGGCUUGGGAGAAGGUUUGUUCUCAGAUGCUGUUUGCUUACGUUUGCCCUCUGUGGGAUCUGUGCCGCCUUUGCUCCCAAGUUCCUCAUUUACUGCUCACUGCGCUUCUUGAUGGGCUUUGUAGCUACCCCCAUCUUAACAAAUUGCGGCCUCCUCGUUUCAGAAUGGACAAGAUCUCAGUCAAAACCUCUCUCAGUAAUACUACUAACCGGUGCCCUUAGUUUUGGACAUAUCCUCCUAGGAGGACUAGCCUAUGUUUUUCACGAAUGGCGCACUCUGCAGCUCAUAUUGUGUGUUCCUUUUUUUGUCUUCUUUCUCAUCACAAGAUGGAUGAUAGAAUCUGCUCGGUGGCUGAUUGUCUCCAAUAAACCAGAAAAAGGCUUAAAAGCACUUAAAAAAGUAGCACGUAUAAAUGGUCUGAAGAACGCUGAGGAAACUCUGAACAUAGAGGUUGUGAGUGUCACCAUGCAGCAGGCUCUGGAGGAAGCGCAGGAAACAAAAACUAUCUUUGACUUGGUCCGAACAGUGAACCUGCGUAAGAGGGUCUGCAUCAUGGCCUUUGUGAAAUUUGCAGGCAUCCUACCAUAUUAUGGCAUUAUGAUCAAUCUACAGUACUUUGGGAACAACAUUUUCCUGUUCCAGACACUAUUUGGAAUUAUCAGUACCUCAGCUCGAUUUCUUGGAUAUUAUGUACUGCGUAGGACAGGCCAUCGAUCAAACCAGAUAGUUCUCCUUCUCCUGCUUGGAAUUUGUAUUUUUGCCAACAGUCUUGUGCCACGAGAAAUGCAGGUCCCCCGUGUGACUUUAGCGUGUGUGGCAGUAAGUUUAUGUUGUGUUGCUUUUAGUGAAUAUGGAAUGCACUUCCUUGGACUCAUCCCUACUGUCCUCAGGGCAAGAUCUUCUGUGGUAGAUUCGAUAUCUGCCCGAAUCGGAGCGGCACUGGCUCCCCUCUUGAUGACCCUAGAGAUGCAUCUUCCCAUCUUGCCCUGGAUCUUAUAUAGCAUCACCCCGAUCCUUGCUGCUUUUCUUAUUUUCUUCUUACCUGAAACCAAAAAUCAGCCUUUGCCUGACACCAUUGAGGAUGUGGAAAAGAAGUGA